AUUUAUUAUUUUAUGUUUUGCACAUUUUUUGAGCUUUUGAUAGUUUAGAAAGUGAUAAAUUAUUUAAUAUAUUUGACUAAAAACUUGCGUGGGUAAAUACAUUGUGUUAAAACUGUAAUAAUGACACGAUUUGCACGAGCUAAAGGAUCCAAGGCGUCAAAUGAGAAGCUUCCUGAAUCUGCAACAUCUUGGCUGGAAAUGAAACAAGACCUUUUAAAGAGAAAUACAGAAAUAAAAGAGAAACAACAGCGAGAAGAGGCCUUACAACGAAGAAAUGCAAAUUACCAAGCUUUUUUACAAGAAAAAGAGAACGAGGAGGAUAAAGAAACUAAGUGGGCUGAUUUUGAUAAUGGACAGUUAGAAACUAAUAUUAAGAAACGAAAACUACAUAAUGGCCAAAAUAAAUUGAUAUUGCAAAAGAACACGAAAAAACAUUUAAAUAAUGUUAAGAACGUUAAUAAACUAGAAGUAAAUAAGCAUGAUUUGUUAUCAGAAGAUUCUGAUGCAGAACUCAAUGCUUUAAAAAGUAAAAUAGAGGUUGUUUUAAAUAAUCAAAAUAAACAACAGACAGUAAUUGACGAAAGUGACAGUGAUGCUGCUCCUGAAGAAAUAGUUAUUACAAAAAAGCCAAAAGAAAUUGUUAUAAAGAAAGCUAAAAGGAAGAAACAGAAACUCCAAAUUAUCAUUCAACCAGAGGAGCCUGAAAGUAGUUUAAAUACAAAUUUAAAUAAUAUUCAGAAUACGGCAAUAGAGAACAUUACAGAAAAUUUAAGUGAAACAGAAAAAAGAAAAAUUGCUAAAAAGCAAGAGAGGUAUAAGAAACAACUAGAAAAAAAGAAACUUAAGCGGAAAACAGAAAAGUUAGAAACUAAACAUAACGUUAAGAAUAGUAACGAACAUAAUAAUUUAACAGUUAAUAAAUCGAAACAUUCUGAUCACAAUAAAGCUGAGGUGAAUUUGGAAAAACUUAUUAAAAAGAAAGAGAGAAGAGCUAGACAAGCUGAAAAGAGAAAACUAUUCAGUAAAAGUAAAGAACAUGAAGUAAAUAAUGAUAAUAAGAAUAAAGUGAAUCGAAAUGUGAGUCCAAUAAAAAAUGAAUCGAAAAAAUCUGAUAACAGGGAAUUAAAUGAAGAAGAUUUGAAAAAACUUGCUAAAAAGAAGGAAAAGAAAGCUAAACAAGUUGAAAAAAGGAAAAAAUUCAAGAAAACUAAAGAGCAUGAAGUUAAUGAUAAUAAUAAAAGUAAUGUGAAUGGUAAUAUUAGUAUAAACAAUAAUAAUUUAAACCAUUUUGACAAAAAAACUGGUAGUUCAGAAAGUGUCCCCUCUACCAAACCAUUUCCAAAUAAACAUCUUAUGACUAACACAUUCAGAAAUAGAGAUUCUAAUGAACACAAAAGAAAGAAACCAUUGCCUGAAACUCAGUUCAUUAAUGGUAAGUCAGUUGAUAUAGAUUAUGUUGAUGGCUUUCCAGUAAAGAAGGAGGAUGCAGACAGGCUAAAAAAUUUACGUAGGGAGAUGAUCACUAAAGGAUUGCCAAGGAGUGAAAUUAAUGCUGCUUUGAAAUUAGAAAGAAGAAGAGCUGAAAAGGCACUUGCAAGAGAGAAAAAGAAUGUUUGCUUCAACUGUAGAAAAUCUGGACAUGUACUGUCAGAAUGUCCCGAAUUAGGCAAAGGUGAAGUAACACAAACAGCAGGAACUGGAAUAUGCUUCAAAUGUGGGUCUACAGAACAUACACAUUUCGAGUGCAAAGUUGUCAGAGGAAUGGAUUAUAAAUUUGCUCAAUGUUUCAUUUGCAACGAACAAGGGCAUAUUGCUAGACAGUGUCCUGAUAAUCAAAGAGGGCUGUAUCCAAAAGGAGGCUCAUGUAAUGUUUGUGGAGAUGUAACGCAUUUGAAAAAGGAUUGUCCAAGAUAUCAACAACAACAAGCUCAAUUAAGAAAAAGUUUUAAUAUUGAAUCUAUGAAUAGUAGUAAUCCUGACGCUUUGGACAAUACAAAUAAUAAUGGAAAUGUACCAACAACUCAAAGAAAACCUAAUAAAGUUAUAAAGUUUUAAUAUAAUAAAGUUAUUUUAAGUUGUUAUAAUUGUAAAUAUAUUUUAUACGUAAUAGACUGUUAAAAAAUAUAGCAUUAAGUAUUUUAAGGCUUGA